CGCGGGGCCGGCCGGCGGGCCUGGGAGGCGCCAGGAAGCGCUGGAGCACCGGUGCCUCAGGUGAGGGCCCGUAGGCGCAGUGCGCGUUCGCAGGCGCAGAGGCGGCGGUGGAGCCCGGCGCUCCCGCUGCCAGCCCAGGAACCGGGAGAUCUGGGUGAGGAGAACAAACCCCGCUGGCAUCUGCGUUUGUGGUCACCCAGAGAGAGCGGCUGUCCCCAAACCGGAGACUUACUGGAUCCCCGCCUGUGAGACCGCCUGUCUCUCCUGGCGCUUGGAACACCUGAGGCGUAAAGGGAUGCGAGAAACAGUUGUGACUUCUGGCCACACCUUUGCUGCAAGCAGUCCAGCGAUACAGUCCAUGCCAAUAGUAGUAAGCCUUUUCUGGGAGCAUCUAUACAAACUUCAACAUUUCUUCUGGGAUAGAGGUGCAUGGUGACAGCAUUGCAGCAAUGAGUGGAAUUUUAAAGAGGAAGUUUGAAGAAGUUGGUGGAACCUCACCCUGUUCAUGUGUGUGGGAAUCAGAUGAUGAUGUUUCUAGCAGUGAAAGUGCUGACAGUGGAAGUAAUGUCCAUCCAUCUGCUUCUAAUCAUUUUACUCGUACAUGUGACAGCAUUGCAGCAAUGAGUGGAAUUUUAAAGAGGAAGUUUGAAGAAGUUGAUGGCUCCUCACCUUGUUCCUCUGUGAGGGAAUCAGAUGAUGACAUUUCUAGCAGUGAAAGUGCUGACAGUGGUGAUAGUGUCAAUCCGUCCACUUCUAAUCAUUUUACCCCGUCUUCAAUCCUGAAGAGAGAGAAACGGAAGAGAACAAAAAAUGUCCAUUUUAACUGUGUUACUGUGUAUUACUUCACGAGAAGGCAAGGCUUCACCAGUGUUCCCAGCCAAGGAGGAAGCACACUGGGAAUGUCCACUCGCCACAACAGUGUGCGCCAGUAUACACUGGGAGAGUUUGCCAUGGAGCAGGAGAGGCUUCAUCGAGAGAUGUUGAGAGAGCAUCUAAGGGAGGAAAAACUCAAUUCUCUAAAGUUAAAGAUGACGAAGAAUGGUACGGUGGAAUCUGAGGAAGCCAAUACACUGACUCUGGAUGACAUUUCUGAUGAUGAUAUUGAUCUAGACAACACAGAAGUAGAUGAGUACUUUUUUCUCCAACCCCUGCCUACAAAAAAGCGGCGGGCAUUGCUGCGAGCUUCUGGAGUGAAGAAGAUUGACGUGGAAGAAAAGCACGAGCUGCGAGCCAUCCGCCUGUCCAGAGAGGAUUGUGGCUGUGACUGCCGUGUGUUCUGCGACCCAGAAACUUGCACCUGCAGUCUUGCAGGCAUAAAAUGUCAGGUGGAUCGUAUGUCUUUUCCAUGCGGUUGCACUAAAGAAGGGUGUAGCAAUACAGCAGGUAGAAUCGAAUUUAACCCUAUCCGUGUACGGACUCACUUUUUGCACACGAUAAUGAAACUUGAAUUGGAGAAAAAUAGAGAGCAGCAAGUUCCAGCACUCAAUGGCUGUCACACUGAGAUAAGUGCACACAGUAGUUCCAUGAGUCCAGGACCCCAUCCAGUUGAAUAUUCAAUUGCAGAAAAUUUUGAGAUUGAAACUGAAACCCCGGCUGCAGUUAUGCAUUCCCAGUCAGCCGAGGACUUGGACUGCCCAGUGGAAGAGGAGGAAGAGGAAGAUGGGAGUAGCUUUUGUAGUGGAGUUACAGAUUCUAGUACACAGAGUUUAGCCCCUAGUGAAUCAGAUGAUGAUGAAGAGGAAGAGGAAGAUGAGGAGGAAGAUGAGGAGGAAGAAAAAGCAGAUGAUUUUGUAGAAAGUAUGAGCUCCCAUGCUGAUAUGGUGCCUCUUCCUUCUGUCCUUUGCUACUCUGAUGGAACUGCUGUGCAUGAAAACCACUCUAAAAAUGCUUCAUACUAUACUAACUCUUCAGCUCUGUAUUACCAAAUAGAGAACCACGUUGCUGGCACUGCUAACCAGAUCGGUGAGACUUACUCAGAAAGGGAUGCUGUCAAGAACGGUAGUCUUUCUCUGGUGCCUUACAACAUGACUUCAGAACAGUUUGUUGACUACACACGGCAAUCAGAGGAAACUUUUAGCAGCCCUCAUUACCCUUCUGCAAACCCCUCAGUGAUUGUUUGCUGCUCAUCUUCUGAAGGGGAUGGCAGUGCUCCCUGUAACAGUUUAUAUACUGAGCAUAGGCCAAGUCACCCGCCAGUGGAAUUUCACUCAUACUUGAAAGGUCCUUCUCAAGAUGGCUUUGUUUCAGCUUUGAAUGGUGACAGUCAUGUGCAAGAACACCCUGCUGAGAAUUCACUAAACCUCCCAGAAAAGAGCAGACUGCACGAAGAGUGCAUCAAAUCACCAGUGGUAGAGACAGUACCUGUUUAAUAUUAAAAUUAUUCUAGGACUGACUUCCUGUGUUAAAAUUCACUCCCAUUGGAUUUUCCUAGAAACUUACUUUUUUAAGAGGUAGACAGCACUUGGACUAUAGUCAAUGUUCCAGACACAUUUUGUUUUCUCAAGCUACACUGGCAGUGAUAUUGCACAAAACCAGUUCAUGUAAAGAUUUAAAUAAAAAUAAUCAAAUACUUUUUUUGAUAAAAAUAAAACAGAUUAGUAAAAAACACACCCAACAUAUUUCAAAGUAGCCUACCUAUGAAAGUAUGUGAAACCUGCCAAGCUAUCUGAAUCAAAGCUUCAUGUUUUUGACUGUCGGGCCUGUGCAAGAUUGUUAUAAAUGAUACUUUGAAAUAAUCAUGUUUAGAGUCCUAAUUUUCAACAUAUCUGAAAAGAUGGUAAGUUUAAUGUAAAAGUAACUACUGUACAAAAAAAAAAAGUUUUAAUUGUUCUGUACUGUAUGUAUUUUAUUUAUGGUAGUUUAAGAUUCAUGUUUUGAUAAAAAUGAACAGAAUGUUCAUUUGAGCAGAAGACCCAUAGCUGCUUACGAAGAGCAUGUCCAUUUUUCAUCUGGAGUACCUUGUAUUCUUCCUUAUUUUUUUCUUAAUACCAUUUCUGAUAAAUCAUCUUGAAACAUAUUUUUAGAGUGUACUAUUUUCUCUUUUACUAUUCUUGACAAACAGAAGAGUCAGAAAGGGGGCAGUUACAUCUUUAGAAUAGAGAAUGGUAGACAAUCCUCCAUUUAAAACUAAAAUCAGUGGCAUUCCAGAACUAGUACCCCCUUCCCAAAGAAAAAUGAUCUUGUAUAUAAUGGCAAAGCAGUAGCUUAAGCUCACACAGCACCUUCAGCCCAGCCACCGUUCAGAUACUUACGCACUUUAGUGCCACUUUGCAGUACUGUACGAACUGUGGGAACUGUGAACCUCUCGGAGAAAUGCCAUAGCUACAGAUCCUGAGGCAAUGUAAGAUCUUCAAAUUCACUGUAACAAAACCUGUAUGUUUUUCCCAAGCCAGUUUAUGAAUAUGUCAGUAUGCAAUUUAUAAAAGCAGAGCCUUACUGAUGAAAGUUUAAAUAAAGCAUGGAAAAAAAAUGCGGAAGUGUCUAGAUUGCCUAAAUUUUUAUGAAAUACAAGACUGGCUUUUGUGGACUUCUGAUUGUAUCAAAUUUAGUACCAUUUGGUCUUAUUAGGAAACAGUCCAUUCAGUGAGGAAAAAUAGCUUCAGCAAUUUUGUAUCUGCAAAAGUCUGCAAACAAAAGAACAUGUGCAUCAUAUGGAUUUCCAUUACCUUGUGAUCCACUUGUUUUUAAGUGAAAUGGGAAUGAAAAUACCUUUAAUUUAUUAAAUAAUGUUGCUUUUGUCUAGAAAAGGAGGCAUAGGAACCAGAUUUUCUCUGCACUGGUAAUUCUGCACUGCCUUAUUUUGAUUUCAAAAUCUAUUUCAGCAUUUUUAUUCUUCUAAUACUGAAAUUUCAUUUAUUAUACAUCAAGUAGUUGAAAUAUAGGCCUGUCUUGUUUGUCAAAAUAAGAAUCAGCAUCUUAGUUUUUAUCUAUGUCAGAUCUAGAUGGUUAACAGUGUGCAUGUAAACACAGUGUAAAUUUUAUCUCUGUAACAGUGACUCUUCUGGUUAGAAGCUCUUUAAAACAUCAUGUACAGUACUCCAGUAGAAAAACUGCUGAUGUAAAAUACGCUUUUCAAAAAAAAGAGCUAACUUAAUUGUUUUUGUAUGAAAUCUGGGCAAAGUAAUUUCUCAUAUUUAUGCUAAAUUAGCAAAAUAUUUUUACUCCAUGUAGUAGCUGGAAAGGUUUUUUAUUUACUUGUUUCCACAAGAAGUCCUACAUGUUUUAUAUGAACUGCAUUGAAAAGUCUAGUUCUCUAGGGACUGGAUUCCAAACUUGCAACAUAUUCCAUCUCCUGGGAAAGCGCACUCAUGUUGGUUAUCUGGCUCAGAAAUUCCACAGCCUCUGUUCCUCGCAGUCACAGACCACUCUAGUCUCUUUUCUCUAAGGCUGAGUAGCCAGGUAAGUGCCUGUAUUCUCCAAUGCCAUACAGCAAAUGCCCAUGAUUUUUAAAGAGAAAUGUGCUAGCCCUUAAAGUUCUGUACUGAAGAAUGCAUUAUUCUGUUCAAGAUAUUCUAAGGGCAAAUGUAACAUACCCCUGUGUAUACAGGGGUCUUGCUUUAACAGUGGGCUUAAAUUAGGCACUCUCCCUUCACACCAGCACCAAAAGCACAAAUCUCUUCUGCAUGAGCUGGGACAUAGAUGAUCAUCAGUAGCAGCUCUUUAACUUCAGAGUGUGUUGGAGAACCACACACACUUUACUGGGGUAUUUCUCUCAGGGGAAAGUUAAGUGAAAUCUUUUGCUUUGUUAUUCAUGCCAUUACUGAGCAAUAAGAAAUUAUUUUCUUGGCCCCUGUGCUUUCACAUGAAAAAUAUCUUUAAUAAUGUCAGCAAGCACAGGAAGUGAUUAACUUUAUAAAAUACUUUGCAGCUAGCUUUAAAUAUUGAGGUGAUGGUUAUUUACUAUUUCCAUUGGCACAGAUAUCUGGUCCCAGUCCUCUGUAAUAUUAGCAUCUGUAAAAACUUCUGAGUAUUUGGACGUGUAUGUUGCAUGCCAUUGGGGCAUCGGGGUGAAUACAGCCAAAUUCUCUAAAGUCUGCAGCGUAGGAUAACAGGCAGUACCUUGUAAGAGAGAGGUAGAGGGAGUAGGGACUACAUAAAGCAUUUGUGAUACACUCUUUUCCCAUGUUUGAAGUCAAAAAAGUAAAGAUUUAAGUUGAAAAAAUAUUCCUAAUUGGCUAGGUAGUGAUAAUGUAGGUAAUAAUACUUUUGAUGCAAUAUGGUAUUUUGUGAUCAAGAUUUGAUCUCAAGAUACAAAGUAAAAAAGUCUUUAGUUCUUACAGCAAGUUAUAAAGUCAGAUCUAUUUAUAAUUAAUGGAGAGUUCCUGGUAGCUAUUAUUAAUAGUACUACCAAGCCUUCUAACAGAGAGAUACUGAGGAAAAAACCCCAGUAACCUCUCUUUUUUUCAGUACAGGUUAAACCUGUUGCCCAGCCAAAUCCAUGCCAGUAAAUAACAAAGCUAAACCCUUUUCUAGCAUUGACUAGAAUGAAAAAAAAAAAAAAAUAGUUUAAGUCCUGACCAAAAGAGGUAGGUAAAUUUAGCUGAAAUCUAGAGUAGGAUGUAAAAAACAUGAGAGUCAAGUUCCCUAUCACUUGAUUAAACUUCUAUUUUUUUAAUUUUUUUUAUUUUAUUUUUUUUUUGAACAAAAACCAUACUCUUUGUUUAAGUAAAAGCAAGCCUAAGUCAUGGGAUGGAAAAUAUUUCAGUGUUAUUUUCUGGGCUAGUAUAGAAUAAUACAUGCUGUGUCACAUUUCCCAGCUGGGAAUCAUGUUGAUUACCAGUCCUUUCAUUCUGGGUAGGCUGUUUCUAUGUGAUAAAAGUAUUAUAAAUGAUAACCAGCAGUAUUUGCUUCUGUAUCAACACAGUGUAUUAUUUGUGAAAAUAUCUACUUUACUGAUAGUCUUUAUCAGCUUUAUUUCUAAGAUAUCUGGCUACUGAUAAACACUUCUAAGAAGCCUGGUAUAUAUUUGUGAUUAUAUUGCAUCGUUCAAAAAAAUGAGUCAUAACAAAAGCAUUUCCCUUUCUUGAAAUAAACUGGAAUUUUCACACGGACUGUUACUGGAACAGGACCUAAAAGCAGAUGCCUUUUUGCUUAUAAGGUGAACUUCACCUUUGUUGGGAAAAGGUGCAUUGUUACAUAUUUAUAGAGCUUUAAUUGAUGGUAGACAUGAAAUUAGAAUUUCACUGGCAUGAUUACAGCAAUUGCAAUAGUUGCUUAAGAGCUGUAACUCAUGUCUGUUGAAACAUCCUUAAAAGCUGGUCAGUAGAAGUUUCAAAUAUUCUUUGUUGAGCUGUAUGCUACUUAGAUGAGAAAACUCUAGAUUUGUAAAGCUUUACAGUUUUUCAUUUACUUAAGUUCUUGCUAGUGAAUCAUGAUUGGUGUUGACAUUUGUUUAUUUUAAGGCCAUUGGUUCCUUGUAACUAUCACUUGCUAUAGAUAAGGUUCAGCUGCUCCCCUGCUGUUAACAGUGGGACCCUGCCUUUAGUCCAAGUGCUGCAGGAUUCCUGUGAGGUAUUGGUGGUACUGUUACUCACUAGACUGCUGACUGAUCCCUGUCCAGAUCCAGUUUCUAACCUGAUCUGGAUGUUUUAUUUCAGUAAAUGUGCUAAUAAACUGAUCAUGUUGCUUUCCCUGCAUUCCUUUGUGAAGGCAGUACCUUCACAAACACAGCUGCUUUGUUAAAGGUCAUAUACAUGUAUUUGUAUGCAAAACUAAGCAUGUAUAAAGGUUUCUGUUAGUUCAGGUGUUCCUGACAGAAAUGUGAUACACUGGAUAGAGAACUGGGCUCAGGCAGAGGAGACUUUGCUUUUGUCCUGUUGUGUCAUUGCGUUCUCUGUGCUUUGGUUUGUAAUGUACUUGGAGAUACUGUGAUAAAACAUUAUUCUAUAGAACAGGUAAAAUACCAUUUUAUUCUUGUGUUUUGGCAUCAUAAGUAAAUUUUUGUACUGCAGACUAUGCCACUUUGCAAGUGAAGCCCAGCCCAGCUCAGAAGUGACCAGAAAUUUUUCACUAACAUGAAACACAGCUGAAAUGAGCUCUCCUUUCCUUGGACUGGAUUAAUGGGCAGAAGCUAAAAAGUAAAUUUCACAGUGAAAAAUUAGAAUAAAAGCUGUGUUGAAUAUACAACAUUUACCUGUCUAGUGCUUAACAUUUGAGCAGCAAGAUUGUAGUUUUCCUGCAACACCAUACUUGGCAGCGACAGACAGUCUUACUCUUCUGCAUGUUGUGUUCUUUUACCAGCUGAAUUCUCAGUUGCAACUCCUUUUCUCUCGGCUGUUUCUGUAGCAAUGCAGGUGUCCUUACUCAAACAUAAAGCAAGACAGACCCAUGAUAUCCUUUUAAAAGUCAUUUGCUAAAUAAGGAGUUACAGCUCGUGACUUUUAUAAACUGAUGUUCAUUGUGCCAGUUGUUUUACUUCCUGAAACAGUCAGGAACAGAAGAGGAUGAUACAGAAAAUCCUUAAGCAUUUGGGGGUGUUAUGUUUUCCUGCUGAGACUAAAGAGUAAUUCUAUCAUCUGCUUUAUAAUGGUUGCAGAACAGUUGAUGUAAAAUACUUUGAAAAUCUAGAAAUAACUAAGAGAAUAUAUUCUAUAGAAUUUAUUUCUAAAAUAUUAAAUCUGAUUACUAUUUUUUUAAAAUGGUAGAAAGCUGUUAUUUUCAAAAGAGUCUAGUUCACUUACUUGUUCCUUGGUAUGAGAAAUCUCAGCAUUGGCCUUUUCACUGUUUCAAGGGGGUUUUUUUAUCCUUAAUUUUACUAUUCUCUGUAAUCAUUGUCCAUGUGCAAAUUAUUGUCCAUUUUCUCCAAGAAGUGUCAAAUCCAAAGUACAAAUAUUGUCAAGUGAUGAAGUGCAAUGUAGUUUUAAAGAUGUCUGAGUGAACACACAAGUUCUUCACAAGUUCUUCCUUUUCACUGUCUCUUCCCUCCCCUAAAUCCAAGGCAGCUUUUAAUUCUGGCUAAUAAAUGUACCAGAUUUUUCCACUUAAGGAGUAAAGUUAUAACAUCUUUUGAGAACUUUUCUGCUACCCUAUUUGAACAUCCACUUUAUGAAACACCUAUUUUGCAGCCUUAGUCCCUCCCUCCCUCUGUUGUAAAGUAAGGCUUUUCAUUAAAUUCAAGCACAAGGGCAACUGUGCUGUACUUUGUGCUGACAAUGAUAUCUUGAAAACAGGUUGGGUGGGGUUUUGAACAAUUUGAACUAGUGGGGGGUUGGAAUUAGAUGGUCUUUAAGGUCCCUUCCAAACCAGGCCAUUCUGUGAUUCUAAGAGUUAAAAUAUGUAUUGCCCUACUGCUGUCUUAAGGUUAGGCAGACACCCCCUGCUCAGAAGGUCCCACAGACUGGACAACCAUAUUCCUGGUGCUCUGUGUUGCACCUUCUCACAGCUGAGAUCAUAGUCCUUCAUCCAAGGCUGGGGGUGGAACAAAAAAAAAGUUAAAAGGUAGAUUUUGUACUUUAUUAAUACAAUUAUUUUAAUUUGGAGCUUAGCAAUGUCACUUCUGUUUUCUGAAUGAAUGUCCAGUAGACCAAAGUCAAAAAAAGUUUGUCUCAUGUACAUUGUUCUGUUUCCUUUUCCAACAAACCAUGAAUAUGGGAUUAGCUUUUGUUGAUAGGGAAAAUGGUGGAAGGUACAAAUGCACAUCAUUAUUCUAAUACAAGGAUCAAGAUCAUCCUUUGUCUUCAAACACUUGAGUGAGUGCAGGGAGGAUAGGAAGAACAAUUUAGAGGAAAAGAAAGAUGAAGGCAGGAGGCAGAUUGAUGAGGAUUAUUUUUUCUUCUAAAGGGAAAAAUAAAGCAUAUUAAAAAAAAAAAAAAAACAGAAGGAAAAAUGCAAAUUAAGAUCUCUUCAGAACAAGGAUGGAAAAGUAUAUGGACAUUCACUACAAGCUUGCCCAUGUUAGACCAUAAUAUUGUUUCUGUAAUACAAUAUAUUGUAACCAAACAUGAACUCAGUGGAAACUGAAAUGACAUUUUUUCCAGACCAGACCUAUAUGGGUGGCCAUUAAAUAAAAGACUUAUCCAAAUGCAUGAGGUAAAAAAUCUAAAAAGCAUCACCGUAGAAGCAUUGCUACCAUAUCACUCUUUGUGAUGGCAAUUUCAAAGACAAGUUUAGAAUCAUUUUAGUUACCUCUGCUCCCAGGCACAUAUUCUCAUACACUCAGUUCCUCAGCUAGCAAGAGAUGCUAAAAGCAAAGAAAAAAUAUCCUUUUUUCAGCAUUUUAUCUUGGUACUUUCAAAUGCAGGUUAGUACAUUAUGGCAGGUAAUUAUUUUAGGUUUCUCCAUCUUCUAAAAUAAAUUCUUAAGAAUUAUAUUUUGGGUUGGAUUUUGGAUGGGGGUUAGCCUUGCUGGGGUAAUGGAGGAAUCACUGUAAAGAACCAUUUGUGGGUCUCAGAUACAGAUUUAGCACCAGUUUUCAGCUUCUUGAAAAGAUCAUCAUGUGCACUGGCAGCUGGUUCUUUUAAAACCAAAAGCAAGCAUAUUGGUUUUUUUCAAGCAAUUUCACACAAAUACCACAACUUCAGGUCUCAAAUGCCCUUGUAAACAAGGCUUAAUAACCGGGCACUUCUUUUAAAUUGACUGAUUGUAGGCACUUCUAUGGAAAUACGUCUGAAAUGUAGUUUGUGAAAUAUGUUUUAAAAGUGUUUGAUGUAAAAUAAGCGCUAGACAUUUAACAGUGCAAAAAUAGUCAAAAUCUGUAGAUUACAAAACUGUUCCUAAGAUCCUCAGCCUGUAAUAUUGUCUUAGUAAAGUUGAUCUUUUAAGUUAAAUUGCAUUCUGGUGUAAUAACCUUUUACAAAUAAAAUUAUUAAUACAAAUGUACUGGUUAAUACCUGUUAACAUAAAACAUGGCAAUUUGUUAUUUUGAUUUGUUUCAAUCUACAACUAGUAAAGAUUCUGUAAAAAAACAAAAACAACACAUUACUUUUUAUAUGUUUAAAGUGUUUUGUAUUAACAGACUGUAUUAACAUUCACACUGUCUAGUCCAACCCUGUCUUUUAGCAGGUCCAUCUCUCUCUGUAUACAUACAUAUAUCUAGAUAUCCCCACAAGAAUAUAAAAUUUCUUUUGAAAUUUGUUUUGGCAAGUGGUAAAUAGUAUACCAUGGCAUAAACUCAGAAGCACUUAAGUUGAUGGUCUUUCAGACAGGUAAUCCAUUCAACUGGGAGUAGUAAAAAUGUGUAAUUGCAGCCAUUCAUUUAAAAUUUGUACAUUACUUCUAAUGUUACUAAUUUCUGAGAAAAAUAAUUAUGUUACAUACUUAACAUUUUCCAUUACAGAUGAUCUUGCAUACUAAAAUUAUGGAGGUCUCAACAGUUAAGCAAGAUAUUUAAUUGGACUGCUGCUUUUAAACUGUUUGAAGAAGCAAAGGGAAAGUUCAUCUUAAAAUCUGUAUAUGGAAAUAAUUUUAAGCUUCAUGAACUACACAUUUCCUUUAUUUCUUUUUUUAAACAAGUUGUAACAUCAAAGAUGCCAAAGGGUAAUAUAAGCUACAAUAAUAUUCAACAGAACUUAACCUAGAUCUUAUGUUGUAAUAAUUUAUUCAAAUUAACUGUAUUCUUCCGUAUUUAUAUUUUCGGUAUUUAUUAUGAAUGAUAUGAAAUUUGAUGUAUUUAUUGUGGCUUAUUACUGCAGUGUAUAUAUAUUAAAAAAUGAGCAUUUUUAAGUCUUAACAUUAGUUUUUUUGUUAAUUAGUGGCACUUGUAUCAGCUGUAUUUUUAUUAUAUAUUGUACAAUAUAUAUUGUCCAUUUGUUUGCAAUGAAGUAAACCAGGUUUCUACGUUA